AACUUCGGAUCACUCUGCAUCACAGUCGAGCUCACUGGGGUCUGUCUGAAGUCUGAUGUGCCAGCAGCAGCCACAUCUUGGACUCUUGUCAGGAUGCAAACCAGGAGAAUCAGGAUGCUGUCUAGCUUCUUUGUAUUGUCUGUUGUGUUUUUCCUGGACAUGGGAGUGUGCACUGCAGUGCAAUCAGAGAUGAGAAUCACAACAAUAAAGCAAGAGCCAUAUGCAAUGUCCAAAGGCUCACAACUGGAAGGGUUUUGCAUGGACCUGCUGUCUGAAGUAGCAAAAAAACUGGGCUUCAAGUUCAAAGUGCAGCUGGUGAAAGAUGCCUCGUACGGAAGACAAGAUGAGAACGGGAUCUGGAAUGGGAUGAUUGGAGAGGUGGUGAGAGGGGAAGCCGACCUUGCGAUUGCUCCGCUGACUCUUACUGCAGCUCGGGAGAAAGCGGUCGGGAUGACCAAACCGUUCAUGCAGACAGGAAUCAGCAUCGUGCUGAGGAAGGACAUCUCAGAGGGAACCGGCUUGUUUGAUUUCCUGUCCCCCUUUGCAGCCGAGACCUGGGUCGGCAUACUCAUUGCCUACCUGGGGACCGCUGCUUGCAUCUAUAUAGUUGCCAGACUCAGCCCAUGUGAGUGGAGUCAGCCUCAGAGUGAGCAGAACAGAUUCAGCCUCCUCCACAGCCUGUGGUACACAGCUGGAGCUCUGACACUCCAAGGUGCUGGGCCACACCCCAAAGCUCUUUCAGGACGUGUCAUCUGCUGCAGCUGGUGGUUAUUUACCAUCGUCCUCCUGGCUUGUUAUUUCUCCAACCUCAGCUCCUCUAAGACCUCUGAGUCCACUCACCUGACCGUGAAAGGUUUUGAGGACUUGGCCAAUCAGGAUACAAUUGAGUAUGGCUGUUUGGCUGGCUCUUCCACCCUUGCCUUCUUUAAGAAUUCAAACAAUCCAGUGUACCGCAGAAUCUAUGAGCACAUGGAGAGAACCAAGAGUCUUGUGUCAUCGAUGGACGAAGGGGUCCGGCGUGCAAAAGAGGGAAACUUUGCCUUUAUUGGAGAGUCUGUUUCUUUGGACUUGGCAGUAGCACGCCACUGUGAGCUGGUCAGAGCACAUGAAGUCGUUGGAAUGAGGGGUUACAGCAUUGCUGCCACCCUUGGCUCACCCAUCAUAAAGAACCUCAGCGUGGCAAUCCUACAGCUGAGCGAGGCAGGGGAGCUGGCCUACCUGCGAAGCAAGUGGUGGGCCAGCAGCUGCAUAGCAGACAAGGCCAAGUCUUCAGCUGUGCAGCCACACAGCCUCAAGGGGAUGUUUCUGCUUCUUUCCCUGGGCCUGGGGCUGGGAGCACUGCUGGCUGUCCUGGAGCUCACCUCCAAGAGCCGCAGAAGUGCAGCUGAGCAGAGGAAAUCCUGCUGCAGCGUGCUGACUGAAGAACUGAGUCUGCGCUUGAGGACCAGCAAUGCAAAGAAACCCCAAGCAAAUGUUGACAAAGAUAAAGAAAAAGAAAAAGCAUAAACAUUUUAAUUUACAUUUAUAACGUUUUAAGUCUGAACAUUUUUAACUUUUAGUUUUUUUUGACAUAGACAUCAACUUAAUUGUAGGUUUUGAACCUUCUUACUUGUAGAGAUAAAGAAAAAAUACUGCAUUUAAAAAUUAAAAACUCACAUUUAUUAUAUUGAUUUUCAAGUAAGAAUGCUACAAUUUGAAUGAAAAAGCAAACAUUAUAGUUUGAAUAUUAUAAAAACUAAAAAUAUUAAAAUGAUCCAACUAACAAAUAAUGCUCAUGUACUUAGUUUUUUAAGUUAGCUGUUACUUUUUAUGACUCUGCAUCAUGCUGUUUUGUACAGUUGGCAAUGGCAUUACAUGAUAUCAACAAUAAAAACGAUUUCAUGCAUAAAAGCUGUGUUGACUGUAAACAUUACAGCAUUUCUAAAACAUUAAACAAAAAAACCUGUCUAAUUGUG